UGUCUCCGGGAACACUUCGCCAGGCACAGGAAKAACAAUCAAAGAUUGCAAGCAAAAACACAGAAUAAUGGCCUCAGAGCAAACUGAAAAUGGCGUCCAAGAAUUGAACUGGAAUGUGAAGGUCUUGGACGCGAGCAAAGACGGUGAAGUUGUGAAGUUCACGUUGCAGACGAAAACAGAAGAUGACCCUAAGGAUAAAGGUGUUGUUGUUCUACGUGAUUAUGAUGAUUUUGAAUGGUUGUAUCAUUGUUUGAUAACACAGAACAAAGUUGAUGCUGUUGUGGUUCCACCUCUUCCUCAAAGACCUGUGGUAACAGCGAAUGCUUCAGAAGCCAAGUCCAAGAAACAACUUGGAAAAGAUGCCAAAAACAUGGUUGCUGAUGAAUUUACUAAAGAGUGUAGAAGCCUUGAAAAGUUUCUUCAACUCAUCUUAGUUCAUCCUGCCUUCAAAAAAGAUGGUAUUUUAGAAAAGUUUUUGAUUGAACAAGAAGCCCCUGCAAGAACAAAAGUAAAGAAAGGAUUGUUUGGUAGUCUUGGUAAAACAGUCGAUGAAAUGAGGUUUCAAGGUUAUAAGGAUAGAGAUGAAGAUUUCCAGAAACAUAGGGACUUUGUUGACAAAGAAUUGGCAGCAAUCAAGGAAGCAAAUAUGAAUUUUGCCAAGAUGAGCAAUACACAACUGCGUGUUGCUCUUAGUCUUGGUGAGCUCAGCUCAGCAUUAUCAACAGCAUCAGCAAUAAAUGAAGACAGUACUAACAGACUAAAACCAGCAUUCAAUGUCUUUUCAAGUGCUGUUACUACAGAAAAGGAUUCAUACGAUGUUAUGAGUAAGAAUGAUGAUAAUACACUAGGAUUUACAUUAGACUUAUACUCACGUUAUAUGGAAUCAGCUAAGGAGAUGCUAUUCCGCCGUACAUGUAAAUUAGUGGAGUUUGAAAAUGCAGUCAAAGCAUUAGAAAAAGCAAAGCCACAGAAGAAAGAACAGUGUGAAACGGCGAAAAAUGAAGCAGAAACCGCAUACAACGAAAUUACUGAACUAGCCGCCAUUGAGAUGAAACGAUUCAACCGGCAGCGUGUUCUGGCUUUACAGUCAAGCCUUACGAACUUCGCGGAAUCUAGGAUAAAGAACGGACGAGAUACGUAUGCUAUCUUAGCCAAACUGCUGAAUGAUGUCAAGAAAUUAGGCGAUUCUUAACUUUUUUGCAAUGAWAGCAGGAUUAUUUUUCUAGAUUGAAAAUGCUCAGCAUUACGGGAUAAUGUUGUUGCUUUUUUGAAUCACAAUUCUUUUGAAAUUUUUCUUUCAAGUUCUUGGUAUAAUUAUUGAGAUUUUAUGAUSAGAAUCUGCUUUYCCAAUCCGACAUUGUCCACAAAMAUUUGGAAUUGUCACUACUUUUUCUUACAGUGAAAGAAGUUCAGUAAAACACCAAAAAGAUUCCAAAAAUUCUAAAGAAUAGUUAAGUAUAUUGAAUGAAUUGAUUUUGUAAACCAAAAUGAAUUUAAACUGUUAAAAUAAUAAGCCAAGUUCUCACACAGAAGCACCAUAUUGUAAUUUCUAWUUUUUCUGUGAAGGUGACUGUCACAUGUGGGAUGUAAUUUCUAUUUGUAUUUUACGCGCAUGCUCAAUUUGUAAGCUAUAAAGAUAAAGAAAUUAUGUAAAUACCUCCUAAAGACAUUGCAAGGUUAGAUUUGUUUUUAAAAAUGAUACGAGUCGUUACACUUGAUAGAAUAAUUGAUUAUAUAGAAUUUUGUUAACAAUCACACCUAGAAAUAUUYCGAUCUCUCAAAAAUAUUGUACAAGUACAAUUUUGUACAAAAAAAUAAUAAAUGAAUUUAUUUUUUAUCUUA